GAUGACAUAAUUUUACAUAAUUUAAUUAGUAUGGGAAUAACAGAAAACACCUGAAGAAGUCAAUUACGUAAAAUUUACGACGUUACUACACCAAGUCAGUUUAUCUGCAUGAUCAUAUCCACAGUGCUGCUGUUGUACUUCCCAACGAUUAUUGAAUCUUCAAAGACAUAUACACGCUAUAGACAACUUGAACGACCAGAUUAUGAAGUUGAAUCUGUCAAUGACUUUUGGGUGAUAAUCCCUUUGGGAAUAUUUCUCAGACUAGCUAAAAUGUUUGUGGCUUAUAUAACAAAAGACUUCUUUAUGAAGAAGCUCUACCAUAAGUAUAAGAAAGGUGAUCUUACUCAAAAAGUAGAUAAGUGAAUCAGAGGAGCUUUCAAGGUUGUCUAUUUUUCUGUUGUUUUCUACAUAGGAUUGUUUGAAGUAUUGAACAAGACUCAUUUUGGUCCAGCAAUUACUUUUGGGGAUGGAGAUCACCGACUAGCAUUAGGGAACUUCCCUUUCUCACCAAUGCCUUCCAUGCUGAAGUUUUACUACAUGCUGAGCAUGUCAUAUUACAUUGAAGAUGUAAUUGUUCACUUGUUCCAGACCCCACAAUUUGAUUUUUGGGAAAUGAUUCUCCACCAUAUUAUCGCUUUUAUGUUAUUAUUAGAUUCAUAUAUGAAUGGUUUUUGGAUUUUUGGAGUUUUGAUCCUACCGCAAAUGGAUUUUGAGGACAUCUGGAUUGGCCUUAUUAGAUGCGUCAUGGAUUAUUCAAGCAGUGCCGUAACUAUGUCAAUUUAUAGCGUAAUUUUAUUAUCAUGGAUCUGGCUGAGGUUUAUAGCUUUUGGAUACGUAAUGUUGUACUCUUUCUGCUUCACCUGAAGAAUGAGCCUUGAUAAUGAUACGAGAAUUAUUAUGUUCAAUAACCUGCUACUUUGGACACUUGCUGGACUCAACAUUUACUGGUUCAUCCUCUUAGUGAAGAUGGGGCUUGGCUUCUUGUUCAAAAAUAAAUGAGUAGACAUGCAAGCUGUACAGAACUUGGAAUGUGAUAAGAUAAAAAGAAUUCAAUAGGGUUAUUAAAAAAA